UAUUAUUCUCUCUCUCUCUCUUUUUCUUUCUUUCUUUCCUUCUCCCCUCCCCCGUUCAGUUCAGUUCAGGUCAGUUCGGUUCCCCAACCAUUUUCUUGCUGAUCAGUUCGUCCCACUUUUCUUUCCUUCCUGGGUUUCUGUGAAGUGAUCGAUCAAUUAAAACCAACCAACCUCCACUGGCAUUGGCAUUGGCAUUGGCAUUGAGAUUCGAUCCCGCUCCUCAUCUCAUCUCAUCUCAUUCCGCCAAAAGAGGAUGGAAUAAAUAUAAAUAAAGAAGUAAAAAGGAAAAGAAAAAGGAGAAAUCAUAAUGGGCUUCCGCUACUUCCUACCCAAUUUGGCUCUUUCUCAAGCUCCAGACUCUGCCACUACACUUCCCCUGCGCUGCUGUGCUGGUCCUCCUCACUGUCAUCACUGCCACCCUCGCGACUUCAACCUCCUCAAGAACAUGGUUUGGGACCUGCUGGGUCUUUCUUCUUGUUUCUUGCCCACCUCCUCUACGUCUUCCUCUUCAUCUCCCUCUUCCUCCCGCAAUCAGAAGAAGGCCCAUGGCCGUGGCCUUAAAAAACAGAGCUUGGAGCAGAACAAGGCCUGGCUGCUCGCGGAGUCCGGCGGUCCCGAGCUCACCGGCGUUGAACCCCAGUCGGUCCACUCGUCCUUCAGGUUUAGCUUCUGCUCCCAGGUCGAGCUGGAGACGACCAUGAACAACAAUAUUGGUCCCUCCAAUGACGACGACGACGACAACAACAACAACGCUGCUGCAGCCAUACUGAUGGUGAAUCUACACAACGCCCUGGACUUGGAGGAGGAUCAGUCCAGUGCCCGAGAGCAGAGAUGUAGGCGGAUUGCGUCUCUGGAGAAGAGCAUUUCUCCAUUCGCCUCCAGCACUGCUCUCAUCAGGUUCACCUACACUGAGAUUCUCUCCGCUACUCGCCAUUUCUCCAAGGGCAGAGUUUUGGGAAGAGGGGCACUGAGCUGCGUUUACAGAGGGAGAGUCGGGGUUCUGAGAACCGCUGUAGCGAUAAAGAGGUUGGAGAGGGAGGACAAGGAAUCUCCCAAGGCAUUCUGCAGAGAACUGGUGAUUGCCAGCUCUCUUCACCACCCGAAUGUGGCUCCUCUCGUCGGUUUCUGUAUGGACUCAGAGGAAGGCUUUUUCUUGGUCUACAAGUAUGUCUCUGGCGGAAGCUUAGAGCUGCAUCUGCAAGGAGACAGGACGAAGGAAAAGAAGAGGUGCCCGACGCUUGCUUGGUCAAUGAGGUAUAAGGUUGCUGUCGGGGUUUCUGAAGCCAUAGCAUAUUUGCAUAAUGGGACUGGGAGAUGUGUUGUUCAUAGAGACAUCAAGCCCUCGAACAUUCUCCUCUCCUCGAAGAAGAAGCCCAAGCUGUGUGAUUUUGGAUUAGCUUCGUGGACACCAGUGCCUUCUGUACCUUUCCUGUGCAAAACUGUGAAAGGAACAUUUGGCUAUUUGGCGCCUGAAUAUUUCCAGCACGGGAAGGUCUAUGAUAAAACCGAUGUAUAUGCCCUGGGAGUGGUGUUGUUGGAGCUGAUAACGGGUCGAAAACCAAUUGAACCUAAAAGGCCCCCGGGAGAGGAGAAUUUGGUAACAUGGGCAAAGCCUCUACUGCAUAAAGGAAUUGGAGGAGUCGAGAAGCUGCUCGACCCACGGAUUGAGAAUGCUUCAAGAAGCUCAACUCAGAUUGUACGAAUGAUAGAAGCGGCGGCAGCCUGCAUAAACAGCGAAGAAUCACGGAGGCCCCACAUGAGGGAGGUUGUUGCGAUACUGAGGGGCGAAGAGGAACCGAUUUCCUCCACUAACAAGAAAAAGACCAGCUUUCCCAGCAAUGGACAUGUGAUGGACUCGGCACAGUUGCAGCAGACAAAGAGGGAGAUGAGCAGUCACUUGGCUCUAGCAAUGCUGGGGGUCGAGGACGAUGAUUACUUCUAUUGGAACUGACCCCUUGGAAUCAUAUUUGCUGAUUUCGUUUUUUUCCUUUUCCUUCUCAUUUUUUUUUUAUUUUUAUUAUAUAUAUAUUUUCUUUCUUUUUUAAGCUUGAGAUUUGGAUAAGGAGGGAGUCCUGCAGAUCUAAGCUGAAAAAAGAUUGUUAGAACUGUACAUAGGCAGGUUGAUGGGUGAUGAGUGAGAUAACCCCGUGGCGUUCUUGUCUAUACAACAGAUCCCAACUGAUGAUAUUUAAUUGAAGAUGUCCAUUUUUCUGUGA